AAUUAAUGGUUUCAUCCGGUUCGGUGGUCUCUUUCCUCUUGGGUUGCUUUCCGACUCUUUCCCGUGGGAGAAAGUGCGGUGGAGGGAGAGCUUUUCGGCUGCCGGUGGCUCACGGAGGUGGCCCGGGGGGAGAUUCGAGGACGGCGGAAGGAAAGAGAGGUGGCCGGGAAAGGCCCGUGGGAGGAGGAGGAGGAGGAGGAGGAACUGAGGGCGCCGCGGGCCAUGACAGGCGGGGAGGGCUACGCGCCUCUCCAUCGGUGGGCCUUGGCGGAGAAGGGAGAGAAACGGCGGCGGCGGCGGCAUCAUCACCCUUGGGCUUCGGCUCUGGAGUUUAAGGAAGGCCGCAGAGCCCAGGAGGCCGCAGGAGGGGAAGAGAAGGAGGACCUUCUUGGGCAGCUCAUCCAGGACUUGAAUGAAAUAAAUGAAGUCUCCUUCUUUGAUGUGCAGCUGCCAUAUGAACUAGCAUUAAAAAUAUUUCAGUUUCUUGAUCGGACGGAACUGGGGAGAUGUGCUCAGGUGAGCAAAACGUGGAAAGUGCUUGCGGAAGACCAAGUUCUUUGGUUUCGACUUUGCCAGCAGGAAGGCUACUUGCUUGACAAUCAAAUCUCUGAUUUUCCCUGCUGGAAAAUGACUCUUCAAGAAUGUCGGGCCAAGGAACAGGCUUUAAGGGCCAAUUGGAAGAAUCGCAUUGGUGCUGUGAGCCAGCUGCAGUAUGAACUUGGGAAAGUUCUGUGCGAUGUGCAUUCUUGUGAUGGAGUGAUUAUUGCUGGAUACACAUCGGGAGAUGUGAAACUGUGGGACACUCGCACCUGGGAUUACACAACCACUGUCCUCGAAGCAGAGCAUGAGUCAGAUGAGCUUGGAUUCUGGCCACAUGUCUCUUUUGUGAGAAUAAACAGCUCACUGGCUGUAGCAGCUUAUGGAGAUGGGUUGAUUAAAGUGUGGAAUCUAAUGUUUGGUUGUGAUCCAAUUCAUUGCUACCAGCACAAUCAAAAAAUCCAAGCUUUAGCUCUCUCGGUGGAAGGGGCAGCUAUUGCAACAGCAUCUGCUUUUCAAGUCAAAAUAGAAGGUGCUAAUGAUAAGGGAUACUGGGAAACAAUUGCAGAAUUUGAAAUACAGAAAUUGGUUGGCUCCCUCUGUCUGGUGCCCCAUCACACUGACCGUCCUGUGGCAAUAGCAACUGCAGAAGAGUUUGUCUACCUCAUGAAGGCAGGUGAGCCAAUCCAACUGCUGCAUUCCAUCUACGGCCAGCCAGUCACAUGCCUGGAUGUCUCGGUCAGUGAAGCCGCGUGUGGAGUCAAAGGCUUUGGUUGGUUGAUCAAUGAGACCAAUAAGAUCCUUUUGUAUAACCUGGAGACGGGCCAGUGCAUGACACAGCUAGGCAGCUCCUUGGGCGAGUUCACCUGCAUCAAUCUCCAGGACAGCCCACCCUGCAUGUUAGUGGCUGGAAGUAAAGACAGGAAGGUGAGGGUGUAUGAUGUUCGCCAAAGCAAACCUGUCUGCUCACUCUAUGGCCACCAGCAUGGGGUCUCUGCUGUACAGAUGGAUGAGUGGAAGAUUGUGAGUGGAGGGGAAGAAGGACUGGUCUGUGUGUGGGAUCAGCGCAUGGGCAUCAAACUCUGGGAAACACAUGCCAGGCACCCAGUCCGCCACCUUCAGUUCAACAGUCACAGACUCAUUACUGCCAAUAUUCCUGAUGAAAAAAACCCUCGAGGCGCUUGCAUCACAGAUGAUGACUUGACAGCACAUCGAAGACAUCGAGGAAUCAUCUAUGCAUAUGAAUUCUCUGUGGACCAAUUGACUCCCAAGAGUGUCCUUCCUAUUUGCCGCUCAUCUUACAGUGAAGUAACAGGUUACAACUAUAGCCUUGGCCUUGCAGUACCAUAUGAUAAUAUCUAGGUAACUCUGGGAAAGAGGCUGCUGACUGAGGCCAACAUGGAUUGGAAAGGUUUUUCCAGUGACCUGGAAGUAUCAAGCAGCUGCAUUGAUUUGCAUUGCAACAGUAGAAGGACUGAGAGUGAAUGACUGAAGAUUUCCCCAAAAGGUAUUCUUCUGCAGCCUGCCAGAGGAGAAAAACCAACUGGUGGUCAGGCAUGCGUGCUGUGUACAUUUAUCGGAGAAGUGCUAGUCCACAGGAACCAUGGCAUAAAUUGAGAAGUGUCACAAGAGAGUAGCAGUGACAUUAAGCCAAGCGAGCAGGGAAGCUAGACUUUGUCACCUUUCCCUACAGCUCAGGAAGUAGCUUACCAUGAUGUCUACUGAUGGAAUACAGUAUUAGUAUUUCUUGGCCUACAGAUCCCAUCCUUCCCCUGUCUGGAAGUUCUACUUGAAAGAUAGACACCUAAAUGUAGCUCACAUGGGAGAAAGACCUCAAUUGGUCUGUUCCAAAUGAAAGCUUUCAAGUAGCACUUAGGGCAGAAACAGGAUGCUACAUAGAGCCAGCCCUAGCUUAGAUUCAGAGCCUUCCAGAUGAAGCCUUUCUCCCAGGUGAGCUACAUGUAAGUGUCUGUCAAGCAGGACUCCCACAAUUAAGAUUGUCUGAGAAAUUGAUAAACAAAACAAAAACAUUUCUAGUGAUGAGGGCAAACCAUUGCCUGUCUGUAGUGAAUGUAAGUCACUACAAAACCACUUCUGUUGUGAAGCAUGGCUUUUAUGUUCUGGACAGAUUUACGUACAUCUCUCUCACACACACACACACACCGCUCUUUUUUCCCAUAAGAAAUUCUUUUUUAAAAAUUCUCAAUGUUGCUGUUAAAAUCUUUGGGAGAGAGACUAUUAGGGUUUCAUGUUUUUGCUUAGAUAGAAGACCCAAUCCAGGAAGAGGCUUCACUGUCUAGUGAAAGGGGAAUUUUCGGGGACUUGUUCAGUGUGAGCGGUGAAUGAAGUGCUCAUGUUACCCAUACACAGUUCUACUCUGUUUAAAUACGUCUGUGUAGAUUCAUAUGCCCCUUUGUAUAUAAAUAUAUAUAUAAGCAAAACAUUUCAGCUUCUACUUUCCUCAGUUGGUCUGGUAAAAGUAUCCUGUUUCCCAGAUGGUAGUUGUAGAACCUAGAGAACAGGAUAUUCCAAAGCAGAUUAAUGUUGCCCUCUAGGUUUAGGCCAUGAGCUAUCAAGAGAGCCAAUCUGUAAAACCAAAGGUUUUCUCUCUUUUCUAAUGUUCUUAGAUUUUGUGGUGUCUUUGUUCCAACAAAAAUAAAUCAGAUAGGCCAUGAUAUUGAGAGUCAAAGUGUUUGGACGCUGGCUGUUCAACCUCUUAGUCAAGACAGCAGAUUUAUGGUUUCUGAAUCUGGUAUGUAGGUCUGUUCUUGUCUGGAUUUACAGACUGACAAUGUUUCAGCUAUCAAAUAUCCUGUCUUCUAGGUUCUAUGGGUGCCAUCUGGGAAACAGCAUCCUUUUCCAGAGCAGCUGAAGAAAGUGGAUGCCAAAAUAUUCCUCAGAUAGAUCUUGAAAAACCUUGAUUGAAAUGCAGUUUAGUUCUCAUGAUCUGUUUAUGUUACUAUAGAUAUGCACACAUAUAUAUGUAUGAUAUAAACAUAUACACCUAUGUAUGUAAAUGUGCAUACA